UUAAGCUUUGUGACUAUGAGGUCACUUUGUGCUUUGAAGGCACUUUUGCAGGGAAGAGCAACAGAGACUGGAAUCGAGUUAUUUGAGUUCUGAGCCUGUUGAAAGUUGUCAAAGAAACCACUGCUCUGCAGUCAUAAUAGGAUAAAAAAAAACAUUUAAAAGAGGCACAUUGAGACUCUCUUCUGUUGCUUGCCCGGUGCUGAAGGAGAUGAAUGUAACCACAUCACCCAAGACUAAAAAUGAACAGGACUGCUUAAGAUAUGGUAAAACGGGCAGCUUUCAGUUGGAUGAUUUUAUAGCUGGAUGGGUAGGAGGAGCUGCAGGUGUUAUUGUGGGGCAUCCUUUGGACACAGUAAAGACCCGCUUACAAGCUGGGCAAGGCUAUGGAAACACACUUAACUGUAUCCGCACUAUAUACAAAAAGGAAGCUGUUACUGGUUUUUUUAAGGGAAUGUCUUUCCCAUUAAUCAGCAUUGCUGCUUAUAAUUCAUUGGUAUUUGGUGUCUUCAGCAGUACCCAAAGGUUUAUUUGCCAACAUCGUUAUGGGAAACCUAACCAUCCUCCUGCACUUACAGAUAUAACUUUAGCAAGCAUAGUAACUGGGGCUUUCUCAGUAGGAAUUGGUUGCCCAGUUGAUCUAGUAAAAAUAAGGCUACAGAUGCAGACACAGACUUUUCCUAAGGCCACCCUGGAAAUGAAGCACAAAGCAACUGGCAUUUCAGUACAGGCUGCCUACCGAGGUCCAAUUCACUGUAUCGCUAACAUUCUCCAGCAGGAAGGUUUGCCAGGCCUCUUUCGAGGUACGACUGCCAUGCUUCUGAGGGAUGUCCCAGGAUACUGCGUCUACUUUAUCCCUUACGCAUUGGUUUCUGCCUGGCUCACUGCAGAAGAAUGUCUUUCUCCCACUCCCUUUGCAGCGUGGAUGGCUGGUGGCAUUGCAGGUCUUUUUCAGAGGUCUUACAGUGAAUACAGUGCGAGGAUUCCCUGUAAGUGCUGCCACAUUCCUUGGAUACGAACUUUCACUCAAAGCCUUAAGAAAAGAAGCAGAGACAAAUCCCUGAAUUCUAGGUCAGUUUCACACAACCUCGAGCACUUCCAAAUAUGCUCCAUCAGUACAAUCAUCUGAAAAAGAUGAAUGAUGGGUUGGAUAUCAUGGACAGUAUCCAGUUGUUCUGCAUCUGUACAAAUCAUGUUUUUGGCACUAAAAAAACUUUUUAAUUGUUUGAAAUUCUGUUAUUUGUGGGGAAAGACACACACAAAGGUAAUUUAACAGGAGGCACACUGCCUGCCCUCAAGAAAUUUUUAAAAAAGCAAUAUAUGAAGGUUAAUGAAAAGCAAUGCUUCUACUUUCACAAUUUUAAUUUAAUUAGUGAUACUGUAAUUAAUAAAACAGACAAAAUAUUCUUAAAAUGAAUCCUUUUGUUAACAGUAUUUAUUUCUUCAUGCAAUGACCACCAUUUGCUGCACACUUCUGCAAUAUGCUGACGCUGUAAACCGCUUAGAGAGAGCUGAAAGUCCUAUGAAGCGGUAUAUAAGUCUAAUUGCUAUUGCUAUUUCUUGAGACAAACAGAUGCCCACUGUUCCUUCGAUUUAGGGAAAAGGAUGGAAAUAAAUGGUACUAAAUCUACUCUGAUAUGAAUACCAUAUCCUGAGUGUGUCUACUAUCCUGCACUGGGCUCUGGAUGACCUAGGAUAGGCCCAUGGCUGUCCUGAACACCAUCUCAGACCCCUAUUCCUAGGAAAGGCGGAUUAAAGUUUUUCCCAAGACUGUAAAUAUGAAGAACUCCCAUCACCAAUCUUGAACUAACUGUUUACAUACAUUUUUUUCUUCCAAGCAAAUAUUUUUGGUUCACACAAAAAAAUAACAAUCUUCUAUAAAACACUUUAACUAUUUAAAAGUUUUGAUUUUUAUUAUUUGAAUUGAAAAAAGGAGCAGCAAUGUCAGAUCUCAUUUAAAAAAACCAAAUAAGAGACUUGUAUCCUCCCACUACAAUGUG